AUGCUGGUACAGCAUGUGUUUAUAAUCAAUCGAGCGGGCAGUCUCAUCUAUGACUGGGAUAGCAAGGACGAUUGCGCAACCGUCGAAAAGACAUUCAGUUACCCGCUUGAUAUUGUUCUCGAUAUUGUCGACCAGAAAGUGACCGUUGUUUUUGGGGAACGUGAUGGAAUUGGACUGAGGUUAUUUGCCAGGCUCUUUGCAAUGAUUUUUUGUUCGUAG